UUUUCGCACCAGCGGACGUACCACAGUAUCGAAGCGAACCAACGAAACCGCCAAACACUUGAUAAUGCCGCAUUCCAAGAUGCACUUGUACGCGGUGGUUGGGCUACUCCACCUGCUGACCUUGGGCAUCACUGCCCAGGAUCAGCUGAAAAACAAUACGAUAGUGGUGCAAACUCCGCUCCAGAACUACGAGAAGCCAACUCUGCGGGACUACGAGGAGUGUCAGGCGAACAGGGAUAGUUGUAUAAACGUGUGUGAUGGUAAAAUAUCCUGCGUAGAUGAAUGCCCAGUGUGUCCGGAACUGUACGAUAAACCCCUGAUGGUCCAGGGCAUUAACGAUACGGAUAUAGUGGCACCUCCACAAGUCCCUCUCAAUACCACCAACAUUAUUCGCCUGACCAACGAGAUCACCAAUAUUAUCAAGCACCAAAUCCAGAAUCGAAAUGAGGUUAAUGUCCAGGUGGAGCAAAAUGUGUCCCAGGUGGGUGGACGUUUUGGCUUGGGCUAUAGUGACCAGGGAUCCUGUUGCUAUGUGGUGCGCUUGGAUCGGGAGUGUGAGCACGAGAACGGCCACGAUUGCAGGGAGAAAAGCCGCCAACGGGUUUGUGGUGAAAGGUGUCAGGCAAGAGUGAUGUUGGCCAAAAGAGUGGUCCAAUGCGAUGCCGAAGAUACCGACAAAUGCCACGAGACCAUCGAAUAUGUGCCACGGAGGAGGAGAUCCCACUCAAAGAAGUCCAGCCAACUAGCGCCGUGCCAGUACCUUGGUAACACUUGGCCCUAUUUCACAUGUGGCCAAAAUCAAAGACAAAGUGUGGAGGUGGUUCAGCCGCCGAGGGUGAAACGAUCCACUUGCCAGCAGUGUCUCAAUAUGCCCUAUGGAUAUAUCCUGCAAAACGGACUGCCCGCCCAGUGUGCAGGUUGUUUCCAGGGAUUCGGAGCGCCUAUGCCUAUGUACAAUGCUCCUUAUAUGUACAAUCCGUAUAUGCCAUAUCCACCAUAUGGCAACUUCCCAUUAAAUAAUAACAACGGAAAUAAUAAUGGAAAUUAUCAUGGAAAUAGCAACGGAAAUAAUAUUGGAAAUAAUAAUGAAGACAAUAUCCUCGCAGGAUCAGGAGAUGAUGGGUGGAUUUUGUGUGACGAUAAUAACAUCGAGAAUUGCUUGGUAGAUAAAAAUAUUCAGGACUCGCUGCAGGGACCUUCUGCUCAUCAGGAACAGCCGGCGGAAAAUGAAAAGUAUCCUGACGACUAUGAUUAUGGCGUUGAAGUACAGCGAAGGAGAAGACGGCGACAAAACCCCAGAACCUUUGUGCGAUCCUCUUACAGCAAACGCAAUCGGAAAAAUUAAAUAUCAAAGCCAGAUAUAAUAAAAAACUAUUGAGAUUUUUUGCCAAACUUUUUGCCUCAAUAUCUACCAGUGUUUUUGGUAAACCAAAUCCAAGAUUACAGUAUAAAACUAGCACUACCAAGCUCGCCAUUUUUGUAUAAUACUUUACCCAAUAAAGGAUCUUUUUAAAACUUUA